UCAUCCUGCCACUCCAAGGAUGGAUCCAGUGCUGGGAGCAAAGCUUGGCUGCCUGUUUGCCCUGCUGAUCCUCACUCUGGUCUGUGGUCUGAUUCCCAUCUGCAUCAAAUGGUUCAAGAUCGAUGCAGCCACAGGUCGCCACCGUCGGAUCCUCAGCCUCCUGGGCUGCACCUCUGCCGGGGUCUUCUUGGGAGCGGCGCUUAUGCACAUGACCGCGGAAGCCCUGGAAAACAUUGAAGCAGAGAUCAGGCUCGUGAGUCAGAACCAGACUACAAGUGAGGGGGAUUCAGACGAUGCCAGCUCUCAGUAUGUGGAAUAUCCUUAUGGAGAGCUCAUCAUCUCCCUGGGCUUCUUCUUAGUCUUCUUUCUGGAGUCCCUGGCAUUGCAGUGCUGUCCUGGAGCCGCUGAAGGAGCCACGCUGCAGGAGGAGGAGUGUGGGGCAGCUCAUGCCUUCCAGCUUCAGAGCCACGGGCCUCUGCCCGCAACCCACAAGAGUCCCCUUCGAGCCCUGGUCCUCUUGCUCUCACUCUCCUUUCACUCCGUGUUUGAAGGGCUGGCUGUAGGGCUGCAGCCCACAGUAGUGGCCACUGUGCAGCUCUGUCUCGCUGUCCUGGCUCACAAGGGCCUUGUGGUGUUUGGUGUAGGCAUGCGGUUGAUGCAGUUAGGAACCAGAUCACGGUGGGCUGUUCUCUCUAUACUGUCAUUAGCUCUCAUGUCCCCUCUGGGUCUCACUCUGGGGAUAGCAGUGGUUCAAGGCAAUGCUGAAGGGGGCAGAGGCUUAGCCCAUGCCAUUUUGGAGGGUGUGGCAGCUGGUACCUUCUUAUAUGUCACCUUUCUAGAAAUUCUGCCUCGGGAGCUAGCUAGCUGUGAGCCCCCGCUGGCCAAGUGGAGCUGUGUAGCUACUGGCUUUGCUUUCAUGGCCUUUAUUGCUUUGUGGGCCUAAGCUAGCGGUCCCUGACAUUUCCAGUGUGUUGUUGUUUUGUCUUUUCUCUCUUUUUUUGUUUGUUUGUUUGUUUUUCCUACCAAAGUGCUGCUCAUCUCUGGCUGUGGUGGUGCCAGGGAUUGAACUUGGGACCUUGAGGCCUCAAACAUAACCAUUGUGCUAUCUUCCUGGCCCUGAUGGGCUUCCCUAGGGCAUCUUCCUACCCCCAGGAAGUACAUCCCAAAUCACUCGGACAUUUCUUCACUGAGAAUUAAGUGACUUUCAGUAGGCUUCAUCCCCAUGAACUGAACUGGGAUCUACAUGAGCUCCCGUUUCCCAUCCAGGACUAAGAAAAGGAUGUUCAGGUCGAGUGCCUAUCAACUGGUGGACUGAAAUGGAUUCCAUCACUCCAGAUUUGACCCUUGUCUCAUUUUAUGAUCCUGUUUGUAAUAAAAUGCCCCUUCUACCUCUC